AAAUAUGGCGGUAGAUCUGCAAGCUCACCAGAUUUGUGAAACCUGUAUACGUCCUGUACUGUAGCUACAUAUUGUCAAUCACACCUUGCACUUUGUUAAGAGACGUGAUAUGAGCUGCUGUUGAUGUUGAGGGACAAAGUCAUAAAGUGAAGAUGUCUGGUCAGGGGUCUGCCAGUAAGGGGUCACUCUACCAGUAUGAACAAGCAGGAAAUUUCACCUGGGCAGACUACCUCAAAGAAAACAAGGCCAAGAUUGCCCCUGCUUCAUGCUUCAAACAAGCCUUGGUUCCCCCAGUCAAUGAGUUCAAGGUAGGUAUGAAGAUUGAGGCCUCAGAUCCCAGGAACAUGUCCUCCAUCUGCGUCGCCACGGUGAUCAAUUUGCAGGGGUCAAGAAUACGUCUGCGACUUGAUGGCAGCGAUGACAAGAACGACUUCUGGCGGCUUGUGGACUCUGCAGAUCUUCAUUUGAUUGGCUACUGUGAAAAAGUUGGCGGCCUCUUGCAGCCACCAUUAGGUUUUCGGUCAAAUCCUUCAUCUUGGCCAAUAUUUUUGCAAAAGACCUUGAAUGGCGCUGAAUUAGCCAUAGAAAGUUGUUUUAAAAAGGAGCCGCCAUCACCAAAAAGGAAUGAAUUUGAGGUGGGUAUGAAGCUGGAAGCCGUGGACCGUAAGAAUCCCCAGCUUAUAUGUCCUGCCACAGUGGGGGCUAUCAACGGCGACAAGAUCCACGUCACAUUUGAUGGCUGGCGGGGAGCAUUCGAUUACUGGUGUCGCUACGAUUCCCGUGACAUUUUCCCUGUAGGGUGGUGCCAGAAGAGUGGUCACUCACUCCAGCCCCCAGGCCAGAAAGGGCUCCCCCAGUACAAGAUCAAUCGUAUGAUGAAGCAGCCACAUUUGACAGUUCAGAGCCCACCAGUAAACUCCAGCACAACACCAUCCCAGCCCAGCCCCCAGUCCUCCCGCCCCUCCCCACAGACCCCAGCCAGCCCUACCCCAAAACCUGACCUGCAGAUGUCCCCCAGGGAGGCCAGCUCACCUGUUGUCACAGUCUCAGAACCAGAUACUAGCACAGCACCAAAUAACACCACAGUAUGUGUUUACGUGAACCAUGGUUGUCGCUGUGGGCGGAGUCUCAACCCUAAGAAGAUCGCCCAGCUGCCCUCCCAGUUUGGGCCUGCCUCUAUCACCCAGGUUCUCAGGGAGGUGGUACAGGCCUGUAUUAGCUCUGCAGCCCAAGAGAUGCUUGUGUUUGGACUGAUCAAGGAGGGAACAGGCAAAGUCAUUGUCACAGCAACAAACAAGAGCAAGCCUCUCACCAAACGUCUGCCUCCCAUUGAGAGGGUAUCCAAGUUCUGGAGUUUCCUGGAGGACUUGUUGGAAGACCUUGGGUGUUGUGCAAACCUGUUCAGCUGUCAACCUCUUACCUCAGGCUGUUCCAAAUGCCCUAAGUCAUCCCCACAUCAAAAGAAGCCAGAAGAGGAAGAGGAUAAAGUCAACAAGGCUCAAGUGAAAAGACGCUGGUCUACGGAGUCAAAUGAGAGCCAAAGAGCACAGAAAUUGGCCAAAGGACCCCGAAGGGCAUUUUCCUAUGAAGCAGCCAGUUCCACAACCACAGAUCCGCGUCCCGCUAGAGGGUCAAGUGACCCUGCGGAUUGGAGUAUAGAGGAGGUGAUUCGACACAUCAGUGAGACGGACUCUGCUCUCUGUCAGCACACUGACCUCUUCAGGAAACAUGAGAUUGAUGGCAAGGCUCUGCUGCUUCUCAACAGUGAUAUGAUGAUGAGGUACAUGGGCCUUAAACUGGGACCAGCUUUGAAACUGUGCCACGUUGUGGACAAGCUGAAAAACAAGAAAUAACUCCAGGCUGUACAGACAACUGUGUCCUGGCCAAAUCAUCAGCGUUACCAUAGAGUUGUCUCCUCCUGUUUGUCCCCCCCCCCCCCUCUCAACAUUU